AUGUUUUUUAAACGGUAUCAGACAACAAAAGAAGAAAAUUUAGAAUUAACAACAUUAUUUCUUCUUGAUUUAAAUACAACAAAGAAUGCAAAUGAUAUUCUUAUUCCAGAAAUUAAUGUAUCACCACCAGUUAAUAGUGUUUUACAUGAAAUAAUUCAUACAUAUGAUCCUUUUUGUUGGCGUCAUUUAUAUGGUCGUGGUAUAGGUCAUCCUAUACAUACCUGUCCUAAUGAUUCGCCUGACCAAGAUGGUCUUUUAUGUUAUCCAUUAUGUCGUACUGGUUAUAAUGGUGUUGGUCCAGUAUGUUGGAAAAAAUGUGAAAAUAUAACAUCAAUUGGUUUUGCUUGUAUUGAUAUAAGCAUUUCAGAACGUUCAUGUCCAUGGUAUGAUAAAUGUGGUAUUUUUCGUCGAUCAUGUGUAUCAUGUCCUGAAAAUUAUACAAAACUUGGUUGUUUUUGUGGACAAUUUUAUUUACGUGAUAAUUAUGGUCGAGGUAUCGGUUCAUCAUUAAUAUGUUCAGAAGAUAAUCAACAAAUUGGACUACUUUGUUAUGAAAAAUGUAAGAAAACAUAUAAUAGUAUUGGUUCUAUGUGUUUACAAAAUUGUCCAUCGACUCAUACAUAUUCUUGUUAUGGUGGUUGUUCAACAACAAAAGAAAUUUGUGACAGUCAAAUUAAAAAUAUGACUCAAUCAGCUAUUCGUACAUCAUUAGUAAUACUUAAUAUUAUUAUGGGUUUACCAAUAAUGAGUACAAAUAUAUUUGAUAUAAUAUCAAAUAUAGCUAAGAAUGAUUGGACACAAGCUAUAGAAAAUUUAUUAUUUAUAGCUAAAAAAUUAGCACAACAAAUUUUACCUAUAUUAACACAAAAAUUUCUUCGUUGGUCAUUUGAUAAAAUUGAAUCAGCAACAAAAAAUGCAAGUUUAAUUAUAACAGCUACAGCAAUGAAAGAUCAAAAUAUUUUAUCACCAUUUUUAAAAUUUUUUCAUCUUGAUUCAUUUAUUUCAACAUUUAAUCAUACAUAUUGUGAAAUAUCUAAUGAUGAUUUUUAA